CCUCACAAUUUGAGUGCAGUUGCCAUGGAAAAGGACAAGCAACCAGAGCUCGAGCCAAUGGAGUCGGUUCUGCAGCUCGUGAGGCAGUGCAGCUACCAGCAGCGCUUGCUGCGGCUCAGCGCUUCGCGCCAGGACGAGCUGUUGGGAGAGCUUGAGGACAAGCUGCUAUCGGUAAGCGAGCGCGUGACAGCGACGCCUCCUCCCUCGCCGCCGCCUGCCAGCACCGCCCCGGAGAAGGACCGGCUCAGGGCGCCGCAAGCGGUGCAGCUGGCCUUCAGGUCUCCGACGUCGUCCAAGGGCGACCUCUCGGAGCACUCCAAUCACAACUCCAACAGCCGCUCCGGAAGCGGACGCAGCGAGAACGCGCCGCUGAAGCCCAAGCCCACGCUCACCGGGCUGAGUGGAGACAUCUACGACACCAUCUACACGCCCUCGCACUACACCCGGCUGAAGGCCCAGAAGACCAAGCAGCCAUGCCUCCGAGGUAUGCUGACCGUGGUGGGCGACUGCCUCUUCAAGCUCGAGAACAUCAACGAGCCGCCGCGGAAGGGCAUCAUCCCGGACCUGAUUUUCAGCCGUUGGUUCCAGAUGCUCUCCGUCUUCGUGAUUCUGGUGAACUCGGUCUCGAUUGCGUUGAGCGCUGACUAUGAGAUCCAAAAUCUCGGGCAAGAGGCCACGCAGGUGCAGCAAAACGUGGAGCUGGCGCUGGCCUGCUUCUAUGUGGUGGAAUUGGCGUUGAAGCUGGUAGUCCACCGUCUCUACUUCUUCGUGAACAACGAAUCCGCUUGGAACUGCUUCGACUUCUGCUUGGUUCUGUUCUCGAUCGUGGAGUACGCGGUGAAGAUCCACUUGGAGAUUCAGGCCGCGGAUCCCAGUGGCGGCGGGGGUGGCGUGAACGUGGGCUUUCUCCGGAUCUUCCGGCUGUGCAAGAUCGCGAAGGUCUUGCGAGUCUUCCGUACGCUACGCUUCUUUACGGACCUGCGCUUGAUGAUGGACUGCUGCCUCGGCUCGUUUAUGAACGUCUUCUGGUGCCUGGCUAUGAUUGUCUUCGUGCUCUACGUCUUCAGCCUGCUCAUUGUGCAGGGACUGACGGAAUACCUCGUGUCGGCCGAGAACUUGGAUGAGACCUACAAAAGGGACGUGAUGCGCUUCUUUGGCUCUGUGGGCAGUGCCAUCGUGACCCUCUUCCAGUCCACCACUGCGGGCAUCGACUGGAACGACGCCUACUCCCUUCUUCAGGUGAGCGGCUUGAUGCCGUCCAUUUGCUUCCUCACCUACGUCAUCAUUUUUACCAUCUCCGUCUGGAACAUCGUAACCAGCACUUUCGUCGAGAAGGCGAUGAAGCUGGCGCAGCCGGAUUUGGAGUCAAUGAUCUUCGAGAAGAAUGUCAAGGACGCCAAGGACGCGGAGGAUCUGUCGAAGCUCUUCCGGCCCUACACCACCGCCAACAACGAAGAGGGCGAGCCCGUGAUCUCCUUGGAACAGAUCCGUGGCGCGGCCGAGCAGCCGAGGUUCCGCCAAGACUUGGCGGUCCGCGGCGUGGAUAUCAAGAAUGUGGAGGUCUUCUUUCAGAUGCUUAGCACCUUCAACGAGGGCGACGUGAGGCUGAAGACGCUGGUGAGCGCCUGCGUGCGGAUGAAGGGGGUGGCCACGUCCAUCGACCUGCAGUCCAUGGGCUUCGAGAUCCACAUGAUCUCCAGCCUCGUGGAGAGUCGCUUCAAGGAGCAGGACGCACAACUGCGGUCCAUCGAGCAGCUGCUCGGCUGCAUGCUGGACGGGUCUCUAUCAGGUGCAGAGAAGCCGGGCGAGAAGCUGUGGGGCGGAAACUUUGAGGAUGGACGGCCAAGCAGGCCGCACGUGGAGAUAGCGAACCUUGAAGAAGUUCGGUCGCCCAAGGAGGUCGCCCCUCGCCCGGCUCUAGGCCGCUCGGAUCUGCCGAACUGCGGCUUCCUGAACUGUGGCGCCCGCGAGUAAAGAAAACGAAAACAAAUGGCGGGGCGGAAACGCCGGAGACUCACAGCGCUCCUUUCCAACUGCCUAGGGAUUUUGAUGGACCCAGCUGACUGCAAACUGGUGCGCAAAAAUCUCAU